GCUCCGGAUAUGCUCGCUCGCUCAGUUGCAUUUUUGAAAUUCCUGGCGUGAUGUCUCGUCACUUGCUUGGUCUGUCGAGAGGGUUGCUCGCGGCGCGUGUGGCGGUUUUAAACUCCGUUCGCCAACCCAUGUCAAUAAUGUCUCCUCUAUUGACUAAAUGUGAAAGCUCAUUUAUCACACGGAGUCGUCGAUUUUCAUCUCAAGUCGACCGGCAGUUCACGGAGGUUUUAUCCAACGAAAUCAAACAAGAAAAGGAGAAUAUGUAUUCUUGUGACCCACCAGCCGGAUUUUCGGUUAUAAAAACAGAAGGUGCCGAAGUAGUUCUCCGUAAGGAAUAUCCCGACGGCGUCUCCGUCGAGGUUGAAAUUAACCUGGCGGGUAGUGUAAAUCCAGAAAUAGAUGAGGCGGAUGGGGAGAUGUCUUCUGAGAAGAAGGAUGAAGUGCCUACUUUGGAAUCUCGACCAGACAUCCGGAUUCGCUUGACUAAACCCUCCGGAAGAUCUAUUGUUUUCAACUGCAGCCUUCCUCCGCGGGACCUCCAACAACAGCAGGCCGAAUCCGAAGACAGCAAUAUUCCAACUUAUUCAGUGGAUUCAGUUGAAGUCGAACGCAUUCCGGGUUACUUCGUUUACACGGAUCUUUUUGAUGAUAAUAUGUACGAUCACACAAUGAAACUUCUGAUGGAGCGCCAGCUGGAUGCGGAUUUUCAGAAUGCACUACAAAAUUUCUGCACUUCUGAGGAACAUAACUUGUAUCUACGAUUCUUAAACGAGUUCCACGCCUACUGCAGAGAUUAGGCGCACACGCGUUGACUUUCAUUCAACCGACCUGUAAUCCAUAUUGCGUACAUUACAUUCAAAUCUUGCGUACCUCCAUUUACCUCUUUAUUCUCUUUUGGUAUUUUGGGUUUUAGUUAGAAACACGGCGCUCUGGGACUGUCCAUUCGAGACGCGACUUCAUCGCAUCCUGCUUCAGAAGUUUUAAGCAACAAUAUUUUGUUAUUUACACCGAACUAAGCUAGCAUUUACCGCACUGGCAAAUCAUCGUAGUUUAUAUGCACGAAAGCAAACCGUAUUGCAGCUGUUUUCUCGUGAUACAUUUGAAUCCACGUACUCGUUAUUCGCUUUGUAUCUGAAUGUCACCAGUCGAUAACAUCUUCCCGCAACACUACCGCUCGCUAGUUGUGCUCUGCUGCAUUUUCCCCUUUAUUCUUUCAGACGACGAUACUCUUCUAUCUGUUACUCACUAUUCUUAUCUGUACCAAUGUAUCAUGUUUUGUGGAGCUUCCCAUACCGCGGCUCCGCUGUACACGUACACCUUUCACUUUCAAAGUUCAGCUGGAGAACCAACAACCACUUGCUGGUGUGUUGCUGACUUUGGUUUACAAUAUUAUUGAUAAGAGCGCUUCGUUGUAGCAACAAAUGAGAC